AUGCGACUUCCUCCGCGUCGCGUUUUGACGCCCAAUAUUGUCAUUGAUAAGAAACGCAAAGAGAGGGAUGGACUCGGGUUGGGCGCCCUCGAACCCUCGUCGAAGCGGUCGACGUCGAAACCAGCCGGAUGUGUCGAUCCGAUCCCGUCUAACCGACUUCUGGCCGGGUAUCUUGCCCACGAGUUUCUCACCAGAGGUACGCUGCUCGGUCGACCGUGGGAUCCGGCCCAAAAGGAGGCGAUUCCGGUGUCGGGGAGAGGGAAGCAGAGGGAUGACGGUGGAGCGGAGCCGAGAGGUGGAGCGGAGCGACGACGAGGACGACGACAGGUGGAAGAUCACCAAAGGUACGUGGAAUUAGCGAAUUUACUAAAAACGGGUGGGGCCCACGUGCCGGGCAUUGUGAACCCCACCCAGCUCGCUUGCUUCUUACAGUUACAGUUGUAG